UAAUCUCACCCUAUAAAAGUCAUACUGCCUUGUGAGGAGCCAGAACCCGCUUCUGAUCAAGACAUAUCCAAGUGGACAACACAAAGAAGGGAAGCUUCCUUUUGCUUUGGUUGAAAAACCUAAACCAUUCGAACUAUUUUUUCUGCAUUUUUCAUCUUACGGAUCAUCAUAGAACAAGCAAAUCUGCGAACAUGCCCGUAGCAAGGAUGAGGAUGAGGCAAUGGCUGGAGGAACAGAUCGAGUCAAGUACCGUCUCGGGUCUCAAUUGGGUGGACAAGGAUAUGAAAAUGUUCUCAAUUCCCUGGAAACAUGCAGCCCGACACGGCUGGGAGAUGAAUAAGGACGCAUGCCUGUUCAAAAAAUGGGCCAUCCACACAGGAAAAUAUGUUGAAGGUCAGGUCUGUGACCCCAAGACAUGGAAAGCCAACUUCCGCUGUGCCAUGAACUCACUUCCUGACAUCGAGGAGGUGAAAGACAAGAGCAUCAACAAAGGCCACCAAGCUGUGCGUGUCUUCAGGAUGCUGCCUGUUAGCCCCAAAUCUAGAGAUAAACGAAGCAAGGCAAAGCAAACCACGUCCAGAAUGAAGAACACGUUCAAGAUGGAGGAAGACUCUGACAGCAGUGAAACUCAGUCUCAGUGUCCCAUGGAGGAGUCAAUGCAGAGUUAUACUUUGUCAACCCAGGAGAACAAAGUGGACAGCACAGUGCAAACUGAGCAGACAGAUUUACCAUUCCUGACUCCAUCUGAAGUUCCUGAUUGGGCUGUGUCAUUGGAAAUCGACUCUAGCUUUUCAAACGCCUUCUGCCACAGAUUUGAAGUUUCACCUGAGCACAGCUCCGAUUACGACUCAGCUGAAGACAUUAUCAAGAUUUGCCAGCAACUGGAGAAAGAAUCAAUCUGGCCGACACUCAUUUCAGACAGCAAUGGGGUCCUGAGCAAUGAAGCAUGCACCAGUCCAGGAAGCCAGUGGAGUGAAUCCUCGUCAGCCGACGAGCUAGAAGAAAUGCCAAGCUACACCACAUUGGGCUCAAACUUCACAAAUCGCAUAAACAACCUCUGGGACCAUUUCCUGUAAAUGCAGUGAGAUCUCCAGGAUGGGACAGGAUAGUGCUUUGACACUUUGGACUUAAAAAAAGCUUAUCCCAUCCACCGUCUCCCCUCUUCUCAGUGAAUCACCCAUCAACACCAUCAGGACCCCUCAAUCCCAACUCAGAGAGCUUUCUCCACCUCCAUCAACCUUUUUGUAAACUUAUGCUAGUGCUCUAUUUGGUUGGAAGAAGUUGUAGGUGUUCAUUUAUAAUGCUUUUGGCUGGUUCAAGGCAUUUUGGCACUCAGAUUUUGGUCAGGAGUUGUAAUAGCACGAAAGUGAUUUGUGGACAUGAUCAGGAUCAUAAUCAGCUAUAAAUACAUGCGGGGUAGUCAAUGCUUACCUCUAUAACGCAGUGGGAUACAUUUUUGACAGUAUAAAGUGUCAAUUUCUAAUAAUUACAUAACAUCCAUUUUCCGUUAUAUGCACCUGUACAUUUUAGUUAAAGGAAUUAGAAUAGAUUCAAACAAACUUCUGGAGAAAGCUCUACUUUAAUAUAUUCUAUCUAAACUUCAAGAAGGAAAGUUGUACAGUUUCUGUAAAUAGUUAUUUUUGUUUGUGUGUGUGUUUUUUCAGAAAAAUAAAAAAUCGAAAUGUGACUAAA